AUGGCUCCUAACCUCCCCUUCGAACUAAAAGACCCAGACCUGCUGCACCAGGACUCGUACGUGCACGGCCAAUGGGUUCAAGCGAAGAGUGGCAAGCGCUUCGACAUCAUCGACCCCGGCUCGGACAAGGUCUGGGCCUCGUGCCCGGACAAUAAAGUCGAGGACGUCGACGCCGCCAUCCAGUCUUCGUACAAGGCCUUCCAGGAAUACCGCAUCCUCAACCCGCGCAAACGGGCCCAGCUUCUGAUGAAGUGGCACGAACUCAUCACCGCCGCCAAAGAAGACCUUGCCAAGAUCCUCACCUACGAGACGGGCAAACCUCUUCCCGAGGCCAUCGGUGAGCUUGACUACUCGCUGGGUUUCACCUGGUGGUUUGCCGGCGAGGCGGAACGCAUUCAGGGCUCUGUCUUCACCCCGUCGGCGCCGAAUAGACGAACUUUUGUCAUCAAGCAGCCGAUCGGCGUCGCAGUGGCUCUGGUGCCUUGGAACUUCCCCAUCGCCAUGAUCCUGCGGAAAGCAGGCGCCGCGUUUGCAGCCGGAUGCACCAUGGUCGUGAAACCCAGCCCAGAAACCCCCUUAACAUGCUUGAGCCUUGCCUAUCUGGCCACCAAGGCCGGCUUUGCUCCUGGCGUCUUUAACGUCUUGACGACCAGUCUUGAGAACACUCCAUCCCUCAGUGAAGCCAUGUGUGUGCACCCGCUCGUUAAGAAGGUCACCUUCACCGGGUCCACCCGCGUGGGCAAGAUUGUGGCAGGCCUCUGCGCCAAGAACCUCAAGAAGUGCACGCUCGAGUUGGGCGGCAACUGUCCCUUUAUUGUCUUCGACGACGCCGACCUCGAGCAGGCACUGGCGCAGUUCAUGGCCCUAAAAUGGCGUCAUGCAGGCCAGGCCUGCGUAUCGGCAAACCGUCUGUACGUACAAGCGGGGGUGUACGAGAAAUUCACGCAGAUGCUGGUGGAAAAGACAAAGGCCCUCAAAGUCGGCCACGGCGCGGAGCAGGGCACGACCAUGGGUCCCGUGACCACGCCGCGCGGCCUGGCAAAGGCCGAAGAACAGGCCGCCGACGCGAUCAAGCACGGCGCGAGACUACUUCUUGGAUCCGGUAAGGCGCACAAGGGCGCCACCGCGGAGGAGGGCGCUGGCGCCGGCAAGGGGCUGGGUGGAUAUUUCAUGGAUCCGACCAUCCUAGCGGACAUGAACGAUGAUAUGCUCCUGGCCAAGGAAGAGACGUUUGCGCCCGUCACGGGCAUUUUCAAGUUUGAGAAGGAGGAGGAGGCCGUCAGGUGGGCCAACGACACGUCCAUGGGUCUGGCGAGCUACGCCUUCACCAAGAAUGUGGACCGACUGUGGCGGAUGUUGGAGAACUUGGAGGCCGGCAUGAUUGGAUUGAACACGGGCAACUCGUCGGCGGCCGAGUCGCCCUUCGGCGGCAUCAAGGAGAGCGGCUACGGCAAGGAGUCCGGCAAGGACGUCGCCGUCAACGAGUACUUGAUCUCCAAGACUGGCACCUUCACCAUCGACGGACAGUAUUGA